GGUUUGUGUUCUGGAGGACAUGACAUCACAUUUGCCUGUCAUAGAGAUAAGGAUUGAGGAAUGCAGAGAUGAGGGAAUCGAUGUACGGAUCAGGAGUCUAAAGAUCAAAUCGUCCUGCGAGCGUGACUUGGGCCUGAAUGCAGACGUAUUCCAGUCUCCCAACUUAGUGCGCUACCCGAGGUUGGAGGGCACACCCCCUGAUGUCCUCUAUCGCCGCGCAUUGGUCAUUCAGAGGUUCAUCACACUCCUGGACAGUCUGUUGCCUCAUAUGGUGCCUGCAUGGGACUACAGCCUUGGAACAUUCAACCAGAUCAAA